AUGUAAAGAAAAGAAAUACCUCACCCGUAUCAAAACAAAAUAAUGUUUGGUAGUACAAUUAGAUCUGAAGAAAAAGAUAAAAAUGAACGAAAGAAUAAUACAUUUUUCAUUUUAAUGCUUGUGAUUGGGAUCCCUUAAACUUUGUUUAUGAAUCUUACCUCAUUUUUACCUCAGUAUAGAACAGAAAACCACUAAACUAUUCAUGAUGGUUUGAUCGGAAUCAUACUAUCUCAUAUGUUUUUCUGGAUUUCAAUAGUAUUUAGAACUUUAUAAGGAGCUGGAGAUUCUAUUAUUUUUACAACUGGUUCUGCUAUAAUUUGCCUCGAAUUUAGAGAUGAGAGAGAAAAAUAUAUGGGUUAUGUCUAGACCUCGAUUGGAGUAGGUAUUAUGUCCGGUCCUGUUAUUGGUUAAUUGAUCUUCAAUGAAGUCGGAUUUCAAAUGACUUUUAUGUACUUUGCAUUUAUGAUGCUCAUUCCGCUAAUAUUGGCAUCUCAAUUGAGUAUACCAUCUCAAUACUAAAAAAAUUCCCUAAAUAUCCAAGGAUUAGACUCAGAUAAUUUUUAAGAGAUCCAGAUGAAUAUAGUUGAGGGUUUUAAUUAUGAUUUUAAUAACAUUGGAAAAACUGCUACACUUAACUCGUCUAAUAGUUUUCACAAAAUGUUCUUCUCUAAUCCUAGAAUCAUAAUUGCAGCAAUCUCUAAGAUGAUGUGUUAAAUUUUGGUAUAUUUUCCAGACUCCUGCUUAGCUGACCAUUUUAUAAAAGAUUUAAAUGUUGACUCUCGCACAGUAGGAGCAGCAUGUGCACCCGUUAUUAUUACAUUUAUUCCAGAAAUCAUUGAUUAAAUCCAUCAAAAAUAAGAAAUUUAGGAAGGAGAAGAGCUUUCUGAUUUUGCCUCAAGCGUUAAUAGCAUUACUUUUGGUUUAAGCGCUGUGUUUGCACCUAUUCUGGGCGGCUAUCUAUAUGAAUAUACUGGUUUUAGCAGCACCUGCGACAUUUUAGCUGCUGUGUCUUUGUUUUAUGCUUGCGCUUAUUUCAUUUUAAGAAUAUUACCUGAAAUAAGCAAAAAUCCUUCUCAUUAAAAAACAUUAACAACAAAAUUAAUGAUUGAGGAAAAAAAAUUAAAUUAAAAGAAGUUGUCAGAGAUUACUACUUAUGACCAAAAUGAAUGCUAAAUCAACAUAAAUAUUGAAAUGACUAUCAAAAGUGAAGGAAAUACUCACUCAGAGAGAUCCGAGUGA